AAGUGCGGCGAAAAUGGAGGGCAGGGGGAUAUAAGGGCCAGUGGCACGUAAAUUGCUUGCUGAUCCGGCAGGGACGCCGUGCGCCCGGGAAAACAUGCUGGACCGCCCCGCCGAGUCAGCUCCCGGGCUCCCUCCUCGGGAGCUUGCUCUCCCCCGGCCUCGCCAUGGCCAAGGGCACGGGCUCCCUGCCGGCCCCUGCGAUCCCAGCCCUGCUCUUCCUCCCGAGCCGGCACUCUCCGGGCAGCCAGCGAAGCGAGCAGCACGGCGGGGGCGAGCGAGCGGCAGCCGCGGCGAGGCGGAGCCGGAGCGGAGGGGCGGUGGCGGAAGGGCCGCCCCGCUGCCGCUGCUGCUGCCGUUCCGUGCCGGGGGGGCGGUGCUGCGGCCGCCGGACGCUGCGGAGCGGCAGCACGGCACGGGACGAGGCCAGCAUGGGCCGGACGCUCGUGGAGCUGUUUUACGAUGUGAUCUCCCCGUACUCGUGGCUGGCGUUUGAGGCUCUCUGCCGGUACCGGCACAUCUGGAAUAUUGAGCUGCGCUUCCGUCCAGCUUUCCUCGGUGGCAUAAUGCAACAAACUGGUAACAAGCCGCCAGCAAUGUUACCAAAGCGAGGAGAAUACUUGCUGAAGGAUAUGAAAAGGAUGGCAAAGUACUACCAGGUGCCUUUACGCAUGUCCCCAGAUGCCUUCCAGCACAUCAUGGGCACAAGCAGCCUGACGGCCAUGCGCUUUAUCACAGCCAUUGACAUGACAAACCCACAGUACCUGGAGCCCUUAUCCAGGCAGUUCUGGAUGCGCUUUUGGUCACAGCAUGAAGACAUCAGUCAGCCAGAGAACAUAUUGGCUAUUGCCCGACAGGCUGGGCUCUCAGCAGAGCUCUCCCAGAAGGCACUUGAAAUGGCUUCAUCCCCUCCAGUGAAGGACCGACUGAAAGACACAACAACUGAAGCACUGAAACAUGGGGCAUUUGGGAUGCCUGCUGUUGUGGCACAUUAUGAUGGGAAACCUCAUCUGUUUUUUGGCUCUGAUCGUUUAGAGCUGCUAGGCAGCAUUAUAGGUGAAAAGUGGCUGGGACCAGUUCCAAGCCCUAAGCUGUGAAAAGCCCUGGGGAAAUAUAUAGGAAGGAAAAUAUAUAUAUGUCAGUCUUCAGUGGUUAUCUGAAUGUAUUCAAUUUCAUGGAGAGAUGCCUUUCUCAUCCUUAAUAGUUAACUUUACUGCUUGGUCUCAUCUGUAAUUUUGAAAAAUAUCAAGGUUUGCCAGUAUUACCAGCCUGGUGAGGUGUUUACCAAUACAAAUGUGCUUCCUUUCUUUCAACAGAUCAAAGAUUACCAUUAAAGAUUUAACUUCUUGCAGAGUGAA